CAGAAAGUUGACUGUCGCACCUGUCGCACUUGUCGCAUUUAUUGGGUGUCAAUCAGGAUGGCGCCUCCUAUCACCAUUGUGCCGUCUCUCGAGACCGCCAAAGCUGCGAUCAGCCAGUCGAAAAACUCGCGGUUCCCUCCUAACCUCCUUCCACUUACGUCGUCUAUCUCGGCCGAUCUUUUGACGCCCACGCUUGCUUAUUUGAGGCUUGCUGAAAAUUCGAAAUUGUCAUUUCUUUAUGAGAGUGCCGCGACAACAGAAACGAUUGGGAGGUACAGCUUUGUUGGUGCAGACCCCCACACCGUUCUCAAGACAGGACCUGGUCAUGGCCCUGAAAGCGAUCCGCUCCCGAUUCUCGAAGAGAAACUGGCCAACUUCCGUGUCGCGUCCGUGCCCGGACUGACCCUGCCUCCGCUUACCGGUGGUGCUAUUGGGUACGUGGGGUACGACUGCGUCAAAUACUUUGAGCCCAAGACUGCGCGUCCGCUUAAGGAUAUCCUCGGCAUUCCGGAGUCGCUUUUUAUGCUGUUCAACACCAUUGUGGCCUUCGAUCAUUUCUACCAGGUUGUCAAGGUCGUCACAUACAUCCCAAUUACCGAUAACGACGCGGAACUCGACGCCAACUACAAGCAUGGACAGGCGGUCAUCCAGCGCAUCAUCGAUACUCUUCAGCGUCCGGAUACUCCUUUACCCCCUCAGGGCCCGAUUAUCCAAAAUCAGGAGUACACCUCCAACAUCGGACGCGAAGGGUACGAAGGACACGUCGUGAAACUAAAGGAACACAUUGCCAAGGGUGACAUCUUCCAAACCGUGCCGUCGCAGCGUCUUUCCCGCCCAACGUCGCUUCAUCCAUUCAACCUCUUCCGCCAUCUCCGCACCGUCAAUCCCUCUCCUUACCUCUUCUACAUCGACUGCGAGGAUUUCCAGCUAGUCGGAGCCAGCCCAGAGCUUCUGGCAAAGGAGGAAAAGGGCCGCAUCAUCACACACCCUAUUGCCGGAACGGUGAAGCGUGGCAAGACUGCUGAAGAAGAUGAAGCGCUCGCUGAGGAACUACGGUCUAGCCUGAAGGAUCGCGCAGAGCACGUCAUGUUGGUGGACCUAGCGCGCAACGAUGUCAACCGCGUCUGUGACCCACUGACCACGCAAGUCGAUCGACUGAUGGUCGUUGAGAAGUUCUCCCAUGUCCAGCACCUGGUAUCACAAGUCUCCGGUGUUUUGCGUCCUGAAAAGACCCGCUUUGAUGCCUUCCGCUCCAUCUUCCCGGCAGGCACAGUCUCUGGAGCACCAAAAGUCCGAGCCAUGCAGUUAAUUGCAGAACUGGAGGGUGAGAAACGAGGAGUCUACGCUGGUGCAGUCGGCUACUUCGGAUACAACAUAGCCUCGGCCGACGGAUCUAAGGAGAUUCCUGGUGCAAUGGACACCUGUAUUGCUUUGCGUACCAUGCUGGUGAAGGACGGCGUGGCGUAUCUGCAAGCAGGUGGUGGUAUUGUGUUUGAUUCAGACCCUUACGAUGAGUAUGUGGAGACACUGAACAAACUGGGUGCGAACAUCGCCUGUAUCAAGGGAGCGGAGGAAAAGUAUCUCAGCAUGGAGGCGAAAAGCUAGAGUAUUUGGUUACCAUGAUAGAUUGGAUAUGAAUGACGGCUUAUUAGAAUAUGACAUGCUUU